UUCUGUUGUUGUGUUCAAUAUGUCUGGUGUUAAACAACAUAAUGCAGUUAGUAUUCCUGUGAAUCGUGAGCAACGGUCAUUUGAGAAACAAAGACGUGACUUAUUAACUGGUCUGGAACAUGGGGGUGGUGCUCAUCGUGGCAACUCAAUCGCACCAUACACGGAAGACUGGCCGAGUACAGUGGACAACUGGAUCGACUCCUCGUGGAAGAGAUGGGAUGACGAUAUGCGACGUUUGAGACGUGGAAUGUUUGCACUAUUGCCAUUGGAUACUUUCACCCACGGGAUUCUGGAAAAUCCAUUCGCUUUAAUGCACCAAAUGGAUCGUCAUAUCCAGGAUAUCCGAGAGAGAAUGGGGUCAUUGGAUGUGCCGUCGACCGGUUCAGUGAGUGACUUUUUGAAGGACGCCUAUGAAGUUGGUGAGGAUGGCAAGGUACAUUUCAAAGUACGAUUCGAUGCACAAGGUUUCGCUCCUCAGGACAUCAAUGUGACGUCGAGUGAGAACCGUGUGACGGUACACGCGAAGAAGGAGACGACGACCGAUGGUGGGAAGUGUAGUCGGGAGUUCUGCCGUAUGGUGCAGCUGCCGAAGAGUAUUGAUAAUAGUCAACUGAAAUGUCGCAUGACAGAUGAUGGUGUUUUGAUGUUGGAGGCUCCAGUGAAGGUUGAUCAGAACCAGUCGUUGACGCUGAACGAGUCUGGUCAGGUGGCUGUUCGACCGAAGUCGGACAAUCAGAUUAAGGCAGUUCCUGCAUCACAAGCUCUUGUUGCGAAAGGUGUUCAUGGUCUGUCGUAUGUGGAUGAUGGUUCAGGUGGGAAGCGACUGCAUGUUGAAGUUCCAGUGGACCCAGUGUACAAACCUGAAGACUUGUGUGUGAAUGUUGAUUCGAAUCGUGUUGUGGUUAGUGGACGUCAUCACAAACAGAAGAGUGAUCAACAUGGAAGGUCGAGCUCAUUUGCAGAGUUCAGUCAGUCGUAUGCGAUUCCAGAGACAGUUGAUCCGUUAUCUGUUUCUGCUCAGGUAGUUGGCAAUACAUUGGUUUUGGAGGCGCCAUUGGAGAAGCAACAUGCGAUUACCCACUAGAAGCAAAAUAAUACGGACUGGAUUUACGAUGAUUCUGAUUCUGAUGAUGAUGAUGAUAAUAAUGAGGGUGACAAUCAUCCUUAUAUGUUUGUGUUAAUUUCCGAAUAAAUUUAUUUACUUAUUU